CAAAGCAACACAAGUGUUCACAGCAUUACAACAACUGAGCUCUCUGUCUUGAUAGCUUCAAACAGCUCUGAAAACUUUAUUACUUCAUUUAAAAGAUUGCAACCUUUUUUUUUUUUAAACUUAUCGAAAAUGACGUUUUCUCAGUUGCGUAGUCAGUCUGACGAUUCCACUUUUGAUAGGCGUUGGGGGGACGCGAAAGGCUGUAGUCUCUCAUUGAGAAAAAUAGAACAGCAGGGCUUUGAAGACAUCAAAAGAAAAGCGAGAGUAGGGUGGGAAAGAGAUGAUGUGCAAAGGGCAAAAAGCGCCACCACCUACAGGGGGCAGCACUGCGCCAAAACACUGGAUGAGCCGACAAAGCUCAGGCGCAGACCAUGCUCUCCCACCAGGCUAAACAAUCCUCAUCCACCAGAGGUGUUUUUAGUAACCCGGCUUCAUAGCAUCCCCGGGUAUGUGGCUAAUGCACGACUGGACGCUGCUUCAGAUCCAAGAGACAAAGACAAUAAGUAUCCAUGGCCAGGCACAGUUUCCUGGACCCUCAGAAAAACCCAGACUAACAGAGACAAAGAGGUAUUUCAAUCGUUUGGUGAUUCUUAUUUAGCUCAAGCAGUUGCCGCUGGGAAGAAACUUACCUCUGAAUCUGGUUCAAUGAAUAAAAAGACUGAUGAGAAAGACCCACCAUCGAAGAGCAACAUCAUCCAGGCCCUGUCCAAAUAUAAUCCUGACUCUGUUGUGUCAAGGAACAGAUGGCUCAGGAAAGCUGGGAAAGAAGAAACCAUGGCAGUAGAAAAGCUGAUCAAAAAACUUUCCAUGAACCAUAGGGCGGCUCCGACGUGUUGCCCUCACUUUCAUGUCACCAGCUUUGACUCGCUUGGGGUGAAGCCUCUGAAGCCUAAGGUUUACGAUUACCAGAUUAACCCAGAGUGGGUCACACAGCCCUGGCACACCCAAUACCGCCAGGGCAGGGACUAAACCUUGCCUCCCCGAGCUUACCAACAAUAACAUCACUAACAUUUUAAUCAACAGAGGGAAAUUAGGGAUUUAAAGCUGUCUGAAGAGGCGGGGAAGUGAUUUGUCUUGGAAAAUCAAUCAAACAAAUACUUUUAUGAUUUUAUUGAAGUUUUAGGAAAAAGUUACAAAUACGACCUUGCAUUGUAAUGUCACUGUAUACAUUGUUUUAUUAGUAUCUCAAGCUUUACAGCUUGCAAACUGUAGAUUUCAACUCAUGUUCUUGGAAACAGCCCCCUUUAGCCUUGAUCCUUACCAGGCUGGUAAAUGUUAUAACAUACUCCAGACAGACUGUGGCAUGCUUGCUGGUGAUGCUACCAGGAGGACUGAUCCACAUUGUUAGGAAGCCUUGGUUUUACAUUCCUGUUCACUUCCAUCAACUUAAAGAAUGUCUGGUGAUGUGAUGGGCAUUGCUGUGACCACACACUCGCCUGCUACUUCCUUCCAUUUAACGAGGCGCUGCAGAUUUUGGACGCAUGAUUUUGAAAUGAUGAUUUUUUCUUUAAGAUUAAUUCAACCGAUAAACUGUUGAUCAGGUGGCGUGACAGGUCCCACAAAAUGCUAAGUCAGUUUUCUCAGUGGAAGGCAUCUAGCCCUGAAUUAGGGUUUAGUUCAGAAGACACUACUGGGAAGAGAGCCUGAGAUGAUGAUCACUAGGAGUGCACCAAAUAUUUAGAUUUUCCAAGUAAUUCCCUUUAACAAGAUAUUAAAUGAAACUGACACAAACCUGCCUUUCCCUCAUUCAUACAGUACCAAUCAAUGGCAAUGAACUUCAGCAUUGAGUGAUUAAAAUGUUUAACUGGAAAUACAUUCUUUUCACUCAGGGCAGCAUCGUUUUUACUGCCAUAUCCUGGGUGGAGCUGUAAACUGAGAAAAAACACGUGGCAAUACUAUAAAUGCCACUGAUUCAUCACGUACAUGUGACCUUUCCUUAGUCCUACUUUAAGAUCUAAAUCAUGCUUACUGAAUAAUCACAGCUGUUACGGGAGAUGUGUUUGUUUGUCGAGUUUAAGUCCCACAAUUCAUUGCACAGAUGUUGCACACAAUAAAUGUGUUGACAAAAUGUGGUUUUAGUUUGGUUGAUUAUGACAGGUUCAAUAUGAAAUCCCACGCCAAUUGUUAUUGAUUGGUGGUACUCAGUAGUUGUGUAGACGAGAGAAAACAAGGGAAAGGUUUGUUUUCUACCUUUUAAAUAAGGAGUUAAGCGGGCUUAAAGGGAAUAACUCAGAAUGUCAAGAGUAUCUGCACACCCCUAGUAAUAGCUUACAGUGCUGAAUGUCUGUGAUAUGAAGGACCUGGCUAGGACACAGUGUGGGAUCCCCACCAGCUCACCUGCUACAAUAUUACAUUCAGAAGAUUCAAACCCUCACAAUAUUUGUUGCUUAAUCAAUAAUUAUGCUGUUAUAACUUCAAAAAAGUAAACAAAGACUUAUUUAUAAAUCCAAACUAUGUUUUAAACUCCAGUCAAGUAGACAAAUGUUUUGAAAAUGUCUUUCCAAGGACUUUCUUAUACAGCAGGUUUCACAAUACUUACGGUCGCAGACAAAAGUACUGGCAUCCUGUGCUUAUUAUACCAUAAUUCAAGGUAACAAAUUUAGUAAACUUCAGCCAC